UUUAAAUCAAAAUUUCUGUUCCUAUAAAUUAGUAUCAACUACUAUGAUGUUAUUUGUGUCAAAAAAACUACUAUGAUGUUAUCUAUUCCUAUGCCCUAAAACUUUUUGUUCCGCUUAGUCGGCUCAACUAUUUAUCAUAUUACAACUAACUUUUUGUUCCCUAAGAUAUAAAUAAGACCAUCCCUCUUUUCCCCUUACUCUCACGCACAUAUAUUCAUCAGAUUUUUUGAGUCCAUUCUUUUCCUUCAAUUUUUCACCGUGUGGCCUAAAGCACUAACUCUUUUUUCUCUUGCAAGCACUUCGUGAGAUCGUAGAGUUUCCGUGCUAGGAAGAAAAAACGCUUAAGAUAAUUGCAUUUUAUUCACUAAUUUAACCAUGUCCUCUUUCAAACAUGCAUGGUCUUGGUCUCUACCUUCUUCUACUUGUCGUUUCCCACAGCCUGCUUACAAGUCCAAUGGCCUAUGCCUGGUAUGGCCGCCGACGAGGCUACUUGUUGAUACCAUUGACGCAUAGACAUAGGAGGAGGUAUGAUCCAGAUGAUGAUCUACUUCAUGAUAUCAACACUUACAGAAAAGCUCUCAACCUCCCUAUCCUUGAGAAAAACUACAAGGCAUCUUGUUUAGCCAACAGAAUUGCAUAUGAUCUAGAAGAUAAGCAUUGUGAAUACUUUCAUGAUUUUCAUCCUUUACCCGGUAUCAACCCCGAAAUUCCAAACUUCCAAAGGAGUGUUAAGAAAUGUGACAUCAACAUCAACACCACAAGAGAUGGGGUCGUUAUGCCAGUUUGUGUGCCCGAAAUAAUGCACGAAAAUGAUUUGUUUUCUAAUUACACUAAAAAUAGUCGUUUUACACCAUAUUUGAAUAAUUCCAAGUAUACAUUAGCUGGGGUUGGUCAUGAUCUUGAUAAGAUGGUUCUUAUAAUUGGUACCAACACAGCUUCUGGAGAUUUUUCUUCUGCUACUUAUUUGCUUCAUGGUGCUUCAAAGGGACGUCAUUGGCUACUGAUGACGACUGCUUUCUUGAGUUUGUUUGUUUUUUUGUUCAAUUAAACUGAAUGUUAUUUUCUGCUCCAUUUCUCGUA